GUUGGUGAUGGUAGUGAUUGGCCGCAGCUUUCUCAUGGAACUUAGGCUUCAGUAAUCCGGUAUACUAACCAAACUAGGUGAUGACAUGAAUAUGAGACAAUGACCCUUGGUUCUGCAGAUAUCGGGUGAUCACUGACUUCUUUAUUUAAGACUGCCAUGCUUGCUCUCAUGCUCCGUGCCACUAUUAGCCAUCGAAACUAUCCCCUCCCGACAUACUCAUGCCUCCUUUAAAAGUUGCCAUCAUCGGGGCCGGCCCUGCCGGCUGCCUCCUCGCUCGCCUCCUCCAUCUAAACGCUGUCAGCGUGACCAUCUUCGAGGCAGAACCAUCGCUCGACGCUCGCUCUCAAGGCGGAACACUCGACCUGCAUACGAAAACCGGCAUCGCAGCUCUAAAAGCAGCAAACCUAUACGACGAGUUUCUAAAACACGCACGAUUCGACGGAUCAGCUCUCACGGUCUGCGACAAAAAAGCCCAGCCUUACUUCCAGCUCCCGCGUGUAUUUGCAUCGAACCCGGAGAUUGAUCGCCUUGAGCUCCGUCUGCUGCUUUUGCGAUCCAUCCCCGAGGACAUGGUUCGUUGGAAUCACCGUCUCGAGCGGGUCGACGAGAACGGAGACCUGCAUUUCGCGCACGGCAUAGAGAAAGGAUACGAUUUGAUUGUGGGCGCCGACGGGUCUUGGAGCCGAGUCCGAGGAUCCCUGACUGCGACGAAGCCGGAAUACUCUGGUAUCUCGGGGUUCAAUUUCUCGAUUCCCAACGCUCUUGAGAAAGCUCCUCGUGUGUACGAGCUAGUGAAUCGCGGAUCAAUAUUCGGGUACUCCGACGGCAAGGCUAUUAUGGGUCAGCAAAUGGGGGACGGAAGUAUUCGGGCAUCAGCGUAUGGGCGACAUGAUGAGCUCUGGGCGAACGAAAUGCGAGCCAAGCAGCCCUCCAGGGAGGAGAUUUGCCGCGAUUAUGAAGACUGGGCACCAGAGCUGCGAGAGUUUGUUCACCUCACUGAGGGGGAUAUGAGGAUUUAUGCGUUUUAUAUGCUUCCAGUGGGAAUGAAGUGGGAGACGCGACGGGGUGUCACUCUUUUGGGUGAUGCGGCGCAUCUAAUGACGCCGUUCGCUGGCGAAGGGGUCAAUAUUGCAUCAGAAGAUGCGAUGAAACUGGCGGAAGCGAUAAUCAGCACGAAGGAUCAGGAUAGAGAGCGCCAAUUGGAAAGUGUGGCAGUCUAUGAGAAGGAAAUGUUCGAUCGAGCGGCCAAUGCACAGGCCUUGACGAAAAAGUUGAUGGAUUUGAUGUUUUUUACUGAGGGGGCGCCGCGAACAAGUAUCCAGCACUGGGUUGCGACGCGAGCUGUUUAUGAUUGCAACCCUGCAAUCAAGCCAUUGGUAUACCCGUUUAUAGCGGCCGGGAUCUUUAGCUUUUAUUCUGUUUUCAAGCUGUUUGUCUGAUUAAGUGAAAGUGGGGAUUGAUUAACAUCCAGAUGCUUUCAUCUGGGAUGUUGGUUGCUAGACUGGUUUUGCUGCUGUUGCCGGUUAAUAUUUUACAACUGGCAUUAUUAUGAAACAAUUGCAUAAUACCGUCUGAGGGAAGAUAUAUAAUUAGAU